GCCAGUGCGGGUCCGUGAGCGGAGCCCGCACUCCCUACCUGCGCAGAGCCGGGUGUUACCUGCCCAACCUGUCGAGGCGCGCGGUGGCGACUGGAGAUCUCAGCUGGGGACAUGGUUCGGAGGGACGUCCGCUUCUGGUAGCCGGAUUGAGGAAAGAAUCUUUGGGUGGCCCAGAGAAAGGACAGCCAACUCAAAGCCCAGCUAAUCAGAUCCUGGUGGAUAUACUACCUGCUCUAUAUCAUGGCCCUUCACCCCCGCAGAGUUCGGCUAAAGCCCUGGCUGGUGGCCCAGGUGGAUAGUGGCCUGUACCCUGGACUCAUCUGGCUGCACAGGGACUCCAAACGCUUCCAGAUUCCCUGGAAACAUGCCACCCGGCAUAGCCCCCAACAGGAGGAGGAAAAUACCAUUUUCAAGGCCUGGGCUGUGGAGACAGGGAAGUACCAGGAAGGGGUGGAUGACCCUGACCCGGCUAAAUGGAAGGCCCAGCUCCGCUGUGCUCUCAACAAGAGCAGGGAAUUCAACCUGAUGUAUGAUGGCACCAAGGAGGUGCCCAUGAAUCCAGUGAAGAUAUAUCAAGUGUGUGACAUCCCCCAGCCCCAGGGCUCCAUCAUUAACCCAGGAUCCACUGGAUCUGCUCCUUGGGAUGAGAAGGAUAAUGAUGUGGAUGAAGAUGAUGAGGAAGAUGAGCUGGAUCAGUCACAGCACCAUGUUCCCAUCCAGGACACCUUUCCCUUCCUGAACAUCAAUGGUUCUCCCAUGGCACCGGCCAGUGUGGGCAACUGUAGUGUAAGCAACUGCAGUGUGGGCAACUGCAGCCCUGAAGCAGUGUGGCCCAAAACGGAACCUCUGGAAAUGGAAGUACCGCAGGCACCUAUACAACCCUUCUAUAGCUCUCCAGAGCUGUGGAUCAGCUCUCUUCCAAUGACUGACCUGGACAUCAAGUUUCAGUACCGUGGGAAGGAAUAUGUGCAGACCUUGACCGUGAGCAACCCCCAGGGCUGCCGGCUCUUCUAUGGGGAUCUGGGUCCCAUGCCUGACCAGGAGGAGCUCUUUGGUCCUGUCAGUCUGGAGCAGGUCAAGUUCCCAGGUCCGGAGCACAUCACCAAUGAGAAGCAGAAACUGUUCACCAGCAAGCUGCUAGACGUCAUGGACAGAGGGCUGAUCCUGGAGGUCAGCGGUCACGCCAUUUAUGCCAUCAGGCUGUGCCAGUGCAAGGUGUACUGGUCGGGGCCAUGUGCCCCAUCACUUGUUGCUCCCAACCUGAUUGAGAGGCAAAAGAAGGUCAAACUCUUUUGUCUGGAAACAUUCCUUAGUGAUCUCAUUGCCCAUCAGAAGGGACAGAUAGAGAAGCAGCCGCCAUUUGAGAUCUACUUAUGUUUUGGAGAAGAAUGGCCAGACGGGAAACCCCCGGAAAGGAAACUCAUCUUGGUUCAGGUUAUUCCGGUGGUGGCUCGCAUGAUCUACGAGAUGUUUUCUGGUGAUUUCACACGAUCCUUUGACAGUGGCAGUGUCCGCCUGCAGAUCUCGACUCCAGACAUCAAAGAUAACAUCGUUGCUCAGCUGAAGCAGCUGUAUCGCAUCCUCCAAACCCAGGAAAGCUGGCAGCCCAUGCAGUCUACCCCCAACAUGCAGCUGCCCCCGGCCCUGCCGGCUCAGUAAUCGAGAAUGCCAUCUUCCUUCUCUUUUUUUACAAUAUUGUACAUAUGGAUAUUUUUUAUUAUUCAGAUUUAACCAGCUUGUAAAACCCCUUUUCUUUCUAACAAUGUUAGUAGUUUCUGACUCUCCAAAUAUGCCUGGUUCUUAAAGUUGAUUUAAUUUAUGGAAAAAUCACCCUUUAUACUUUCCCUUUCUUUUUUAUAAACAUCCCAAUGGUAGUAAAAUUGUAGUAGAAGGAGAUUUGGACACCAGGGGUUCUAACGACGGCUUUACUUUCAAUGUACGACCUUGAACCAAGUCAUUUAACCUCUGGGCUUCAGAUUCAUUACUGUCAAGUGAAGGGGUUGGAAUGAUGCCUGAAAUAAUGCCAGCUUUAAAACUCUGACUCGAUGACCUCAUUCUACUUGUACAAGGAAAAACUGCCUGGAACAGAACCCUUCUGAAUUGUUCUUGUACCACUUUUUUUUUUCUUGCCUUCAUUAAAGUUCCCUCAAGCGCUGA